GUACUGUCGACAUUUUUGUCUCGCGUCUGACCUUCUAUAAACAACAGCGCCAGUCUCACGAAUUGCAAAGCAAACACAGGAGUUAUGCCUGGGAGAAGAAGGAAUAAAACAAUCACUAUUGAUUUGAAGUUAUCCAUUACGUUGCUACUUCUUGGAAAGCAUAUUAUAGUAAAUGUUUCUGGGUUUCCAAAUCAAUGUAGGAAUCAUCUUGAGCUCAAGAAAGGAAAACGUAACGUGAACAACAGUAUACCUGCAAGAUAUUGGCAAUGUGAUAAAAAAAUCUCAAAGAAAGCUUGGUAUAGGUUCUCGGGUGAUGCUGGGAAUAUAAUAACUUCGAUGGCGGUUACGCCAGGUAUGUGUGGAUCAACGAACCCUGGAUGGUUGAAUGGACAACAUCCUUGUAUGAUGAAUGAAACGAAAACCGGUGAUGUAUGCUUUGUUGAUCAGCACGGUGAUUGCGGAACACGAGUAGAUAUCUCGAUAACACAUUGCGGGGAGUUUUAUGUGUAUCAACUACCAAAGAUGAAAAAUUGUAGGAAGGGAAUGGGAUCAUUCUGCGGAGAAACCAGCAAAAUUCCCAUCUCGUCCUGCAACACCACAAAAACAUCAAUAUCAAGUUCCACUUCGACGACAAAGCAAAGUGAAAUCGAACAGCGUUCAACAUUUCCAGCCGGUGAUCAACGUUCAACCUUUGCUUUCACCAGAAGUGAAGGUUAUCCAAAGUCAACAUUUCCUUCAACCACAAGGAGCGUCAGAAUCGAAAAACAUUUGGCCAAACUGGAGAACGAGGCAGAUAAACUUUAUAGUAACACAAUAUCUGAAGCUUCUCGAAAGAAGAUGGCGAAAAGGAUUAUCCACCAAUUGUCAAACAUAACAUAUCUUGAAAUAACAAAUGGAGGGGGAAAUGAGAGAAAAGAAAGUGUUCUUGUUUAUACAGUUACAAUACUUCAAAAAAUCGUUGAUUUGAAUAUCUCUGAUAGCAGCCUCGACGUUUUGGAACCUGCAAACUAUGUGUUGCAUAGCUCAUAUGCAAAUUCCUGGAGACAAGUAAAGGAGAAAAACACCAUUCGUAAGAUGAUAAUCACCUUGAAAAAUUAUGGUUUCCAGAAUGGUGAGAACAUCAAAAAGAAUCCAAAUGCUUCGAGUUUUUUUAUAUUCAAAAACCACUCGAAUGUGCAGCUUUACGCGACGUAUGCACAACACACAAGACGUUUGUCGAGAGAAGGAAGAUCGUUCAAAUUUCCGGAUGCAACAUUUAAACUCUCGUCUGAUGCAUUGCCUAAACAUUCUGGCGCUUUGGUCGUUGUUAUCUGGUUCAAAACUAUGCAUUCUUUCCUUAAUGACGACAUGCAUAAUCCAAUGAUUACGAGCAACAUGAUAAGUGCAAGUGUUAGACCUGAGCCAAGAACGAAGUUCAAACGACCUGUUCGCAUCAGAUGGGACAUGAAGGAAUUGAACGACUCAACAACGUGUGUUUACUGGAAACCAGAACGCAAAGAGAGUAAUUGGGAAACAAGCGGAUGUGUAAGAGUAAAAGAGAAAAUGAAGAAUAAUCUUCUGAUAUGUGAAUGUGAUCAUCUUACAGCUUUUGCUGCUAUGGACAUCUCGAGAGAUGUGGAAAGCAAAGCUGAACGGCAAGCUUUGGAGGCGAUAUCGACUGUUGGAUGUUCCUUGUCACUUCUUGCCAUAUUCUUGACAAUUCUCGCGCACGUUUUGUUAUGGAAAAAACUCCAGCAGAAUUCAAAGAGCGAAAUACCUUCACGAGUACUUAUGCAUCUUUGCGUAGCCAUUGGAAUGACUGAUAUCAUGGCUAUUUUAGCAGGGCCUGCCAGAAGUGAUGAGACAUUCUGCAUUUCCGUGUCCAUAUUAUUGUAUUUCUUUGUGCUGGCUGCGUUUGGCUGGAUGUUAUGCGAAGGAGCGAUUAUCUAUCUUCAACUUGUGAACGUCUACACUGGAUUGGGCUUAGGAGGAAGACACAUGAAAGUAUUUUAUAUCAUUGGUUGGGGUUUUCCAGUUGUUGUUGUGUCAUUCUUGGUUGCUCUAAAUAAUCGGAAGGACUUUAUUACUGAGCAUGCAUGCUGGUGUAAUAAUGAUGGUGCAUUGUUCUGGGUAUUUGUUAGCACCAUGAUUUUAAUUCUGCUGAUAAACUUUGUUAUCUUCAUUCUCGCGUUGCGGAGUGCCUUGUCCUCGAGCGAAGUGAGCACAACUCGCUCGCUAAGCAAACGAGUUGGUAGCAAGAACAGCAUUAAAGCAUCGGCCGGAGUAACAUUGCGAAAAGCAAAACUUGGUCUCAAAGGCACAGCUAUAUUACUUCCAUUACUUGGUCUGACGUGGGUAUUUGGACUGUUGGUGUUUAAUCGAGAUACUAUUGUGUUUAAGUAUCUCUUUGCUAUUUUCAACUCAAUUCAAGGAUUGAUGAUUUUCGUUUUUCAUGUUUUAAUCAAUAGAAAGAUUCAUGAUGCAAUCAUUAAAGGAAAAAAAACAUUUCACGCGACACACAUCAAUGUCACAGCUCUCAACAAUAACACCUGUGGUACCCUUUCAACUAGUGACGAGAGAAGUCGAAGGAAGUCAAGUAUUUCUGUCACUCCGGAAUUUUUACAGAAAACAUUAAGUCGACCUCUCGCAGUGAACAAUACGUACACCAUCAAUAAUAAUAAGUACAAGAACAACAUUAACUCAGAAAACGUUAUUUUAGAAGAUGUAGAACCUAUGAAGGAGCUAUAAUGAUCAUAUCCGGGUU